AUGCGGAGUCCGAGCGUGGCGUGGCUGCUAGGGGCCGCGAUCCUGCUGGCCGCCACCGCCUCGUGCAGUCACACGACCAAAGGUCCUUCUAAAGGAAGAAGUCUUAUUGGUAGGAAUAAUGGCUCCUCACAAGUUGAUGCAAAAGGCGGUCAAGUGGAAGCAGGCCUUUUUGUGGAUGCUGUUUCUGCCUCUGUCCUCACUGGAAAACUGACAACUGUCUUCCUUCCAGUGGUUUACAUCAUUGUAUUUGUGGUGGGUUUGCCCAGUAAUUGCCUGGCCCUGUGGGUGUUUCUUUUCCAAACCCAGAAGAAGCACCCGGCUGUGAUUUACAUGGCCAACCUGGCCUUGGCAGAUCUCCUGUCUGUCAUCUGGUUUCCCUUCAAGAUUGCUUAUCACCUCCACGGCAACAACUGGGUUUACGGGGAAGCUCUCUGCAAGCUGCUGAUCGGCUUUUUCUACGGCAACAUGUACUGUUCCAUCCUCUUCAUGACAUGCCUCAGCGUGCAGAGAUACUGGGUCAUCGUGAACCCCUUAGGGCGCACCUUGAGGAAGGCGAACAUUGCCAUCGGCAUCUCCCUGGGUAUCUGGCUGCUGAUCCUGCUGGUCACCGUCCCCUUGUAUGUUGUAAAGCAGACCGCCCGCGUUCCAGCCCUCAACAUCACAACCUGCCACGAUGUCUUGCCUGAGGAGGUGUUAGUGGGGGAUAUGUUCAAUUAUUUCCUCUCUCUAGCCAUUGGGGUUUUUAUGUUCCCAGCCUUCCUUACAGCCUCUGCCUACGUGCUGAUGAUCAGAGUGCUCAGAUCGCCUGCCGUGAAUGAAAACUCGGAGAAGAAAAGGAGGAGAGCCAUCAAACUCAUUGUCACGGUCCUGGCCAUGUACCUGCUCUGCUUCACUCCCAGCAAUCUUCUGCUUGUGGUGCAUUAUUUCCUAAUUAAAAGCCGGGGCCAGAGUCAAGUCUAUGCCCUAUACAUCACGGCCCUUUGUCUCUCUGCACUCAACAGCUGCAUUGACCCCUUUGUCUAUUAUUUUGUUUCCAAAGAUUUCAGGAAUCAUACAAAGAACGCUCUGCUCUGUCGAAAUGCACGAACUGUAAAGCGGAUGCAAUUAUCCCUCACCUCAAAGUUCUCCAGGAAAUCUAGCUCUUACUCUUCUAGUACAACCAGUGUGAAAACUUCCUUGACUUGUCCAUCUCCUCAGCUGGAGGUUUUACAGUAG